AUCUACUUAUUGAAAUGGAUACAAUGCUAAGUCAAGAUGGGCUUGCCAUCAUAAUUGAUUAAAAAAAAAAAAACCCUACUGUCAUAAACAAUAUUCGGAAGUUUGUGAUUGUCUUAAGGUGGGAUGGCUGGGUAUCCGAAGUAGAACGCAGGAUCGAUGCUCCCCGCCUUAAUGUGAAGAAAGAAUUUCGAGUACAAACAAGAAAGAAGUUGUGAGGAGAGGGAAUCAUGAAAAUUUGUUGUCUGUAAUACCAUGGAUACCCAUUUUUUUCUACCAAAAUUAGGUGUAUUCGUAUCUUUUAAUUAAGUGCAACUUUAAUCCUAUUAUUGCUUGUUGAGUUACUAUCAGAAAGAAAUUAAUAAAAAGAGGAGAAUUGAUUAAAAAAAAACAAAAAACCAUGUUCUAGUCAUGCGGUGGAAGUUAAACCUGGAAAAGAGGUGACUCUUGGUCUUCCUCUUCAAAUUUCCUUGUAGCUGUCAAAAACGAUGUAGCUUCCCAAUGAGCACAUCCGACAAUAUCACUACACCUCAUCUUGGAAUUCUAGCUUUGCUACAACCGAAGAGGCAGAGUAAUUUAGGAGGAGCUCAUACAAUAUAUCUAGGUUGCAUAUAAAUAGCCACCUCUUGCUGGUCCAAUGCAGUAGUUCAUCAUUCUUAUUCUUUAUUUGAAUGAAUAGUUUAUCCUUCCAUUCUCCACUUUAGAAGAUGUCCAGGUCUUUUAAUUUUAGUGUCCUUGCAGGUGAGAUCAAAACGACUGUUGUAACGGAUGAGCUGGCGCUGGAAGAGAGCCUUAGAUCACUCUUGUCUAAGACUUAUGGAAAGACAGACUUACUAAUGGAAAGACAGACUUGCCAAAAAAAAAUUACUGGAAAGCUGCAUGGGAGAGCCCGGAGAGGUAAUGUAGGAAGAGACCUUGAGAGAGUUGUGGCUUUAGAUAUGGAGGAGUCAUUCUGCUCAGCUAGUUACGGAACGGUGAAGGAAAGAGUUGUAGCCCGGAGAGGUAAUGUAGGAAGAGACCUUGAGAGAGUUGUGGCUUUAGAUAUAGAGACGUCAUUCUGCUCAGCUAGUUACGGAAUGGUCAAGGAAAGAGUUGUAGUGUUGAUACUAGGUGUAGAUAAUGAUUGCCUUAUUAUACACCUUACACACUUCGAGAAAGUACCCACUUCCCUUUCCAAGUUUCUCGAUCUUUCGGAUAUAACAUUUGUUGGUGUCAGCAUCAAAAGCAACCUGGCUGAUCUUCAACGAGAUUAUGGGAUUCAAUGCAGGAAUGGGGUUGAUCUGGGAGUCUUUGCUGCUGCUGUUCGAGCUUCGCCGGGCAUAAGUGCAUAUCCUUUGCCGUAUCUGUUCAAGUGUAUUGUUCCUCUAAUUUCGAACGAUACUUAUUCGACCAAUACUUUUUCGAACAAUGCUUUUUGUAAACCUGCUGAUGUAGCUUUUAGUGAGUGGGGUACAAGUAUGCUAAGUGAGAAACAAAUCGAGCAUGCUAGUUUAGUAGUCCAUAUGACCUUUAAGAUUGUGGAACAAUUAUGGCCCGCAUAUGCUUGAG